CCCGAUCUCACUCUAAAGUUUUCCAAACCGCGUACCCAGUUAGCGGUUUUCGGGCACCACAGGCGGCGUUUCCUUCCGGCGACCUCAGAAGAUAGGAACCAACAAGUUUCGGGGGCGAUGGAUUCGAACAGAUCGAUAAAUCCAAGUGGGUGUUGGACAAACGAAAAGCACGUCCAAUUCCUCAACUCCAUGGAAGCUUCCUUCGUUCGGGCAAUGUUUGAGAGCAACGGUCAUCCUCUUCCUCGUCUCGACCGUUACCUACCAGACACGUCUGACUCCACUCUAGAUUUGAAAACUCACCCCACGAGAAGAUUUUCCACUCCAGUAGGUUCAAGAGCCAGGAGUGACCGUGGAGCUGACAAGAAAGCUAGCAGACCACUAUCAUCUCAACCGUACAAUUCUUCACAGGAUCAGGUGGUCCCACAGCUUGAAAGCAGAGCAGGUGAUAAGGCUUGAGAGAGACCACUCCAGUGUCUCCAUCUCUACUGCUAACUGAGAAAGAUUCUUCUUCCAUUAGGGUUUCUUUUAUUUUAUUUUUUUUCUUUUCCUUUCUUGUAAAUAUGGCAGUGCUGGUGAUUUUCUAGGGAAAAUAUCAGUUAGAGGGCAUUUGGGUGAUUGAGAAAAAGGUUGAAGAUGAUGUUUUAUCACUAAAAUGCAUGCACUCCAAAGAUGGGAGAGGCCCUACUCGCUAUCUCCAUCAAUCGAGAAUGUUGGAACUCUAUGAUGUAAUAUUAAUUUAUUAGUUUUUUUAUUAUUAGA